AUGGGCUGGGGGUCAGGAGGUACGCCUGGGGUCAGGGGUCAUGAACUGCGUCGGGGUCGGGCACUGUGCCUAGGGUCAGGCGUUGUGAACCGAGGUCUGGGGCCAGGGGUCGGGUCGCAACCGGGGUCACCUGAGGUGUGCGUUGCCUCGUUCCCCCAGCUCUGCCCCACCAAGGCGGAGGCCAGGCGCAGCGCGGCCAAGAUCGCCCUGAUGAACUCCGUCUUCAACGAGCACCCGUCCCGCAGGAUCAACGAGAGCUUCAUCGAGAAGAGCGUGUCCGAGGCCCUGGCCUGCUUCAGUGGCAACCGGGACGAAGCGGACAUUCCCAACACGGGCAUCGGGGCCUUCCGCUUCAUGCUGGAGUCCAACAAGGGGAAGUCCAUGCUGGAGUUCCAGGAGCUGAUGACCGUGUUUCAGCUGCUGCACUGGAACGGGAGUCUGAAGGCCAUGAGAGAGCGGCAGUGUUCCCGGCAGGAAGUGCUUGCUCACUACUCCCACCGGGCUCUGGACGAUGACAUGCGGACACACAUGGCGAUGGACUGGGCGAGCCGGGAGCAGGAGGCGGCGGGGGUCAUCGGCCACGAACUGGCCUCGGCAGAGAGGGAGCUGGAGGAGGCGCGGCUGGCGGGCAAGGAGCUGCGCUUCUACAAGGAGAAGAAGGACAUCCUGGCACUGGCCAUGGGCCAGUUGUCUCCAAACCCAGCACCAGCUGCUGAGAGAGACCUGGAGGGGGGCGCCAUCGGCAGCUGGCGGCCGCUCGCGGGCCAUUCCCUGCGUCCGCCGGGGCCCUCCCUCAACGACCGGGGGGGGAGCGGAGGCGAGCGCCCAGCCGCACCUCUGCCCGCGCCCCCAGGUCCUGACCCCCGCGCUCGCCCCCGUUCUCCCCACGAGCGGGGAGGUCAUCGCCUCCGGCGGAAGGGCUGCAGCUUUCUGGUGCGCACGGCCGCCUGUAUUUACCGAGCUCAGUGUUAUUUACGUUUUUGAAGCUUCUCGUGUUAAUAUUCAGGAGGAGAGAGAGAGAGACCAGAUGGAAGGGGACAUAAAACCAAUCUCGCUUUGGCUGCCCUUCCCCGACUUGCGACCCCCACACGUUGACCGCUGCCGCUACAGCCAGUAACGUGC